AUGUUCUGGUGGGCUUUUUUAUCGGAACUUCUUUCACAGUCUAUGCGUGUGCAAGUGUGUGUAUGUCCUUGCCUAUUUGCGUCUGUCAUCAUGUCUACAUGUGGUUGUGUAAGUUUGGCGCUUCAGUUCAAUGCUGGUGUGGCGACCAGAGGGAGGGCGUCUUCUUCAAGACGGUCUUCUUCAGUUGAGCUGAUUUGCAAGGCAAAUGAAGAUGGUCAACGUGACCAGGUCCGAGUGUCGGGCGCAGGAGAGACGGGGUGUCUUGCAAUCACGGCUACAUGUACCUCGAGUCCUGUCAUGGCGGCACAGAUGGUCACAACGAGAGCUUGUUGA